AUGGCUUCGCUCCACAAACAUGGGAUAUCCAGAUGGUUCGCAUACUCGCCACCAGUCGCCUGGACGGUCCGUCAGCUGCGAGAGCUGCUCAUCGGCGCUCUUAGACAGGGCCCGAUACCUCAGCAUGUAGCGUUCGUGAUGGACGGAAACAGACGCUUCGCUCGCGAACAGCACAUUGAGACGGUGGAGGGACACAACAUGGGAUUCGAAGCCCUCGCACGUAUCCUGGAAGUUUGCUACAAGGCCGGUGUCAAAGUGGUUACCAUCUACGCCUUUAGCAUUGAGAACUUCAAGCGCUCGAAACAUGAAGUAGACGCCCUUAUGGAACUGGCGAAGCUUAAACUCGGGCAGCUAGCAGAGCACGGAGCCCUGCUGGACCGUUACGGUGCUUCAAUUCGCAUCCUGGGAAAUCGCGAGCUGGUGAAGCCUGAUGUAAUAGAAGCGAUUGACAAAGCGGUUUCCAUCACCGCACACAACAAGAGAGCGAUCCUGAACGUUUGCUUUCCGUAUACCUCGCGAGACGAAAUCACAACGGCUAUUAAGUCGACCGUGGAACAAUAUAGCACACCCCUAGAUAGUCUCCAAACACCCUCGAAACGCACCUUUUCUGAAUCGCACAUUACCCAGCAGAUCCGGAAGCAAAUGCUGGAGGAGGACACAGAUGGCAGAUCCGCACCACAGGAGUCGCGAUCCACAUCGCCUUCUUCUCUCAAGGAAGCCAAGUCAGUGGAAGGAGGCCGUUCAUCAUCCACUACAACGGCGAUAAACUCAUCGGACAAGGAUGAUUGCCAUAUAACAGCACCGAAUUUCCCGGAUCCCGAGACCAUUACAGCGGAAACGCUAAACGAGCACAUGCUGACUGCCGGCGCGCCGCCUCUAGAUUUGUUGAUUCGAACCUCGGGAGUGGAACGCCUGAGCGACUUCAUGUUAUGGCAAUGCCAUGAAAACACUUCGAUCGUUUUCCUGAAGUGUUUGUGGCCAGAGUUCGAUUUGUGGCAGUUCCUCCCGGUCUUGGUGGAAUGGCAAUGGCAGCAGAAGAAGCUACAAGAGCAGCAGAAAUCCCGUGCGCGUUCGAAAGCAGAGUGA